AUGAUCUCAGGUCCAUCGACCACUCUGGCCUUGAUGGUCUGGUUACUGGCAAGCACGGAAAGUUUCAGCAGCGCAUCAUCGUGGCCAUCCAAACCCGCGCAAACCUAUCCAUUGCUAGUCCCAGUCAGGCCUAGAGCGACUAUUUUACACGCAGCUGCCCCUGAAAAGACGUUGGAUGUUGUGCCGCCGUUGCAGCAUCGGCUUUUCGAGCGUCAUCAGCAGCUGAAUCACCACCACCACAACGGCGCCGCUAGGCUAGACCCGGGGGCCGCUCCCAUCUCGCCAGCACAGACCGCAGCACGCGCCACCACCGCCGUCGCGGCUGGUGCGCAGUGUGCGACGUCGGCACCAGCACGCAGAACUGCCGUCCCAGUCGCCAACCACCUCCACCUUGCCGUCUCGGCUCCGGCUGUCCUCCAAGAUGGCUUGGCUUAG